GCUGUGCCGACUUCGAGACUUUCCUGUGUGGGCUGUACUGUAAAGAUUAUAAGGGUGUUAAUUGAAUAUCUUAAUCAUGGCGUGGCUUCAGUCUUCAUUUACAAGUCACCAGCUGCAUGAUAACAGUGGAAGUAAUUUACGAAAAGGAUAUAAAGUGGGAUUAAUUAACAAGAAUACAGAUCCAGACAAAAGUGAUACUCCACUUCUACAUGAUUCUCCUCAAAGUCCUGAUUGGCAGAGUGAACCUUCUGCAGCACAGAAUCAAGCUUGUGCUUUGAAGAAGAAAGAAAAUGUGAAAAAUGUAACACAACCCAAUCCAAGCAAACACAGCUUUUUUUCUUCCGGAUUAUUCGAUCGAUCUGGAAGCAGUACGAAGCAGAAAAAUCAGAAUCAGAGCAAUGUUCAGAAUUCUUCUCAAAGCUGUGGAGGUAAGAAAGUCAUUGAAAAUAAGAAACUCCUAAAGGAAGAGAGUGGAGUCGAAAAAUCAGCCCCCAUCGAUGAUGACUACGAUUCGGAUGAUAGCUGGAAUGUUUCGCAUUCUGGUGGAUAUCGAUUUCUGCCUUGAUGCUGAAUAACUAUUGCUCAUUCUGUUCGGUAUUAUGUUGAAAAGUAAUACUAAUCGAUUAUCCAAUUUCUGAAAUGUAUAUGUCAAAAUGGUAUGAGUGGUGCUUUGCUAGGUAAUAAGUAUUAUAUUUAUUUUACUUUUGAUAUCAAAUCUUGUUAUACAGUAGGAUUUUUUAAAAUAUUCUCUUUUUUUUUUGUCUUUUUUAUUUGUGUGCAUAUGUUGUGUGUUAGUUUAUUUUUAGUGUUAUUUUGUGGCAAUGUAUUUAUUCUCUAGUCUGUCGGUUUGUAAGCUUUUGAAUAUUUCUUAUAUUUUAGCUUAAAAUUCUAAUUAAGAGCCUUCUUAAAAAGCACUUCUAUUUUGUAUAGCUGUUUGUUUUAAUGAACUUCAGUUAUCCUGCAUCUACCCUUCAUGCAUUUAAUGUAGUUUUUAAAAUCUACAUCCAAUUUAGUUGAUUGUUCAUCUAGUUUAGAUUGCUGACAAAAAUAUUAUUUACAAAACCUGAGUUUCACUUUUUUGCUUAUAUUUUUUUCAGGAGAAUCAUUUUACGUUUUUAUGUACAACAGUGGUAAAAGGAUUGCUUUACAAUUAUUGUUUCUGGGAUAUAUCUGGUAAAAUAAUUAAUCAUAAUUUUUACUUUGGCAAGGGAAUUCGAAAAAAAAAAAUUGUUUUUCACAAAACUUUUUUAUGUGAUAUUUGCAAUACUUUAUCAUUAUUUCUAGUCUACCUCUAAUAAUGGCUUUACAUCUGCAGGACGUAAAUUGCAGAUUGGAUGUGAGUACUAGAUUGUAUUCUAUUCAACUAUACUAUGUCGAAUAUAAUACAAUCAUUACAAUUCUCAUUCUAGCAGCUAACUGGCUUAUGUUUUAUAUAAUUUCAGCCACAUUGCCUAUUGAUUUUUAUUAUUUGAUUUUCAACAGACACAAUAAUUGCUAAAAACUGGGGUCGCCAUUGUUUAGAUUAUUUUCUUUCGGUUACAGUUGGCAUUUUUAAGGGAAGGAUGGAAAGGGACAAAUGCCUCCCCCCUCCUCCAGAUUUUGUUAGGGAAAUUGAAAUGUUUCAGGAGAGUUAUCAUUUACGCUAUCAUUGAUAGUUGGACUCGGUUUUGAAAAUCAGUGGAAGUACUCCGAUGCAAAAUGAGGGAAAGAGUUGAAGAAGACAUUAAAUCUAAAAUGUGAUCCUCUUAAAAAUGUGCUUUGGAUAUUUUUUUAAUAAGAAAUACUUAAUAAUAACUCAAAUAUUGUUAUAUUGAAUGUUUUUUCUGCAAUAAUGAGUUUGUGAAAACAAAAGAUUCAUUUAAAAUAUGAUAUGUUUUUAUUUAAAAAAAAUUGGAGGACGGGGGAUCUCCAAGAACCUUUUGCCAGGUGCUCUAAUGCUGCAGCUGACCUUGGAGUAAGCAGCAAAGAAGAAAAACUGUGUGUUUCAAAAAAAAAAUCCUUACGUUCUUUACUCUUAUUUUAAAAUGUAUUCUUCAACAAAAAAUUUCAAUCUUUGAGCAGUUUCAAAUGAAAUGCAUAAAUUGUUUUCUAUUUUCACUGAGUGGUAUCUCUAAAAAAAUUGCUUCAUGGUGCUAACUCCACUCUCCAAAA